CCCUUCUUAAACCCUUUCUUCUUCAGUCUCGUCGGACGUCAGAGCUUUUAAUCUCUCUCUUACUCGCAAACAAUCUCUCUCAGUUUCGCUCUUCAUCUCUUUCCGCCAAUCUCAAAUUACUCGCUGUGGAAUUGACCAUCAAAAGAAUGGCUGAAGCUAUGGAUUCUGAUUCCGGCGGAUGCGCCCUUCCCGCCGUCCGCUCAGAGGAAAUCCCCGAAUCUUGCUCUCCGCUUCCCGCGAUGAAAGAUUCGCCCCAGCCAUUAUCGCCCAUCGUCGCUGGUCCAUCUACUGCAGCCGAAGAAGAUGGUCGUUUGCUUCUUGAGGGCAACAAUCCCAGUUCUCAUCCUCUCGAGAAGGCUGGAUGCGUAGUUUGUGAAGAACUGGUUGAUGACCAUGCUCAAGAAGCGCUGGUUCUUGGUCCCUGUGGAGGCAAGAUGGUAACUUGUCCUAAUCCGAUUUCUGGGUACUCCGACGCUGCUGAAGAUGUCGACGGUAGAGUGGAGAUUUCGGGCGGGGAGAGUUUGUUGGAGGCCAAGAAGAAAAAAUUGCUGGCUGACCUUGAAGGUGGAGCGAUCUUUAAAGGGAAAACCUUCCUGGGAAAUGUGGUGGGUGCUUCCAAUGGAUUUGAGGAGUCUGAUGGACCUUCUCUCAAGGUUCAAGUAAUUGAUGAUACCGUGCUGAUCGAACCGGUUGCUGUAUUUCGAAACGUUCAGAACGGGAGGCAGCAGGUGAAUGGGGGAAACGGGAAGAGGAAUGGGAAUCAAGGUGCUGCUGAUGGGAAGAAGAAGAGGCCAAGAAAGAAGGGGAGAGAUUUGAUUAAGGGGAACAUGAAUCAAGAUUUUGUGUCUGAAAAUUGUAGCGCUGAAGGAUUGUAUCCGGCGAAUGGAAAGUAUUCGAGGAAAGAUUUGGAGGAGAUGAGGUUUAUGAACAUUGUGGAGCAAAGGAGAAUCUGGAGAAGUAUAUACAAUGGAUUAGGGGCUGCUGUUGUGAAGGAGUAUGAGGAGUUGGCUUGCUCAAGGAGCCAGAAGAACUUGCACCACCGGAACUUUGAUUCCUCCAGGCAUCCACUCUUUGGAAGUCAAACUGCUGCUGCUGGCGCGUCAGGUGUUCCUGGGGAAGAACAGUCUUCCAAAAAUGGUGGUGAUGACUUAGAAAACUUGGAAGAAGUUGAUAGAGAGAAUUGUAGUUCGGUUUCUUCCUGCAGUCAUGAUAUCGCGGGUGGUCAAACUCCAGAUACAGUUGCUGAAGGGCAAUAUGAUGAAGAAGAUGAUAGCGAUGAUGAUUAUGCUAGCAUCCAAAAACCAGCUUUUCAUAUAGAAGGAGAACCGGAUUUCGAUUCUGGACCUCCGGAAGAUGGAUUAGAAUAUCUAAGGCGUGUUAGGUGGGAAGCUGCUCGUAUUCCGAAAGUCAAAGUCGCCAAGCUUGAUCAGCAUAAGAUUCAGAAAGAGCAAAGUGUUUAUAUGCCUCAGAUACCCGAUAUUCCCAAGUGUCCAGACCAUCUGCUGCCUUCAAAAACUUGGGAAGACGCAUUCCUGUCCGACUUUUCACAGCUGCGACUGUUGUUGGCAAGAGAUGAAGAAUCUGACGAUCUGAUUUCUCAUAAGCCUCCGUCAGUCACCAUAGGCCACGAGCAGGAUGAUGAAGCUCAGUUCCAUCUGCUUACCGAGAACAUCAUUCUCGAAAAUGUUAAUCAGCUCUAUCCAGAAAGCCUCGAUCCCAAUGGUCCCUCUGAGGGAUCCAUUCUCGAGAACGCAGCUGAUCAUGUACCAUCAGUAUCGCAAGCGGUCACCGACGAGGUUGAUAAGCCACCUGCAGCUUCUCCCACUCCAGCAGCUACCACAGCCAGGGUCAAUGAGAGUUCAACCAGUCACCCAACCUUAUCAGCGAUCCGAGCAAUGGACUCUGUGGUUCGAAUCUCCACUCUCAAGAAAAGGAUCAGCUCUGCAGAGAGCGUGACGACAACCAGUUUAUCGAAGAACGACUGCCUGUGGCUGUUUGCUCUUUGCGCAGCAGUCGAUACUCCGCUGCUCGCUGAUACCAGCGCUGCCAUUCGUGGGCUUCUCCGCAAAUGUGCAAGCCUUCGAGCUGCCAAGUCCGAGCUGGACGAUGAGGUAGUGAUGUUGAAUAUCCUGGCGACCAUCUGUGGCAGAUAUUUUGGGCAGGCUGAAUGCUGCUGAAACACACUAUUUCAACAGAUAAUCAGUUCUUUGUCAGAUAGAAGACUCAGCUUGUGCUUGUGCCAAUCUCAAUAAACCCUAGCUACUAUAGAGCCUAGAGUCGUUGAACCAAUUGGUUCAACUUUCAAUAGUUCGAGUUGUGGGAAAAAAAUCAAUUAUAAAAUCUUGUACUAUGUUUUUUGUUGUUGGUAGAAAGACGGACGAAACUCGUCCUAGUUCAUACUAUUAACCAAACGGGAAGUAGAAACUCCCAAAACAUCAUACAACAUCCAAUAUUCGAGCUGAGGGUCGCACACAUUGAAAUUAUGUGUGCCAAAAUCCAUUCAAUGUGUGCCAAAAUCCAUCUCAUGCCCCUUAGAAGCUAAAAUCCGGUCCAUCAAGCUCCAAUAAAAAUAAAGUCGCUUACACAAUAAUAAAACUAUUACAAAUAGUGAUUUUAGGUAAGAUAUAAAAUUCAUAAUUUAUAUUCUCUCAACAACUCAAAUUAUUUGGGUCAAAUAAUUUAUAACCCGACAUCAUAACAAUAUUUGACCAAGAAAUAAUCAAUGUGUGAAUAUCCACAACUCGAUUUAACACAAAGUAAAAGGAAAAUGUGCAGAUUGUAACUAUUAGCGACUAAUAUUUCAAGUGAGAGCCUCAUCCUUUGAAUUUUCGCCCUACAUUGGAUCACAAUCACAUGAUACAUGACUACGUGCGUAUAACAGAAGGAAAUAAUUCAUCGAACUAAAAAAAGGAAAUUAUUCACAGUACAAUCACAGAUUUCGGGCGAUUUAUUUGAAAUGCGAUUUUCUUUCGAUUCUGAAGGCUACAGAUCACAGGAAUCAGGCCGAGGCUAUUCUCCACCGAUAAUGAAGUCUAUUGAUCCUAUUCUCCACGGAUGAUAAGUCCGUUAAGCAUCGAUUUGGGCCAAUUUAUUUUCGGAUGACAUUUUCGUAAUUUCUUGGGCGACGAAAUGCCAUUUUCUUUGGGUAUUGAAGGCUACAGAUCACGGAUUCGCCCUGAGGCUAUUCUCCAACGAUGAUUGAGUCCAUUAAGCACCAAUUUGGGCGGAUUUAUUCCGGGUCAAUUUUUGGCAGAUUCCAAAGGGGUACCAUCACAGAUUUCGGACGAUUUAUCCGAAAUGCCAUUUUCUUUCGAUUCUGGAGGCUACAAAACACGGAAUCAGGCCGAGGCUAUUCUCCACCGAUAAUGAAAUCUAUUGAUCCUAUUCUCCACAGCUGAUAAGUCCGUUAAGCAUCGAUUUGGGCCAAUUUAUUUUCGGAUGACAUUUUCUUAAUUUCUUGGGCGACGAAAGGACAUUUUCUUUGGGUAUUGAAGAAUACAGAUCACAGAUUCGGCCUGAGGCUAUUCUCCAACGAUGAUUGAGUCCAUUAAGCACCGAUUUGGGCGGAUUUAUUCCGAGUCAAUUUUUGGCAGAUUCCAAAGGGGUACCAUCACAGAUUUCGGACGAUUUAUCCGAAAUGCCAUUUUCUUUCGAUUCUGGAGGCUACAAAUCACAGAAUCAGGCCGAGGCUAUUCUCCACCAAUAAUGAAGUCUAUUGAUCAUAUUCUCCACGGAUGAUAAGUCCGUUAAGCAUCGAUUUGGGCCAAUUUAAUUUCGGAUGACAUUUUUCGUAAUUUCUUGGGCGACGAAAGGCCAUUUUCUUUGGGUAUUGAAGGCUACAGAUCAUGGAUUCGGCCUGAGGCUAUUCUCCAACGAUGAUUGAGUCCAUUAAGCACCGAUUUGGGCGGAUUUAUUCCGGGUUAAUUUUUGGCAGAUUCCAAAGGGGUACCAUCACAGAUUUCGGGCGAUUUAUCCGAAAUGCCAUUUUCUUUCGAUUCUGGAGGCUACAGGUCACGGAAUCAGGCCGAGGCUAUUCUCCACCGAUAAUGAAGUCUAUUGAUCCUA